AUGCCUGAUAAGCAGGCUGUUGUGACUCUUUACCCGCUCUUCCAGCCAGAUGUCCUGCCAUCUCGCUCCCUAACGUUCGCUCCUGAUACCGGAUUCGUGAAGAUUGGCCGGGCUUCUAAGCGGGAAGCGAAGGGUCUCGUCCCCGCUCACCAUAAUGCAUUGUUCGAAUCAAGAGUAAUGUCCCGGGAUCAUGCGCAGUUGAGCGUUUCCUUCGAAAAGAAGGAGGUCUACAUACGGGACAAUGGCUCCAUGCAUGGUACUUGGGUCAAUUGUAAAAAGAUAGCGGCCGACAAGGAUGUCCCAAUCCAUAGUGGUGAUGUUGUCAUAUUUGGUACUGAGGUUAUACGUGGCGAGGAUACGUAUCCACCCAUGAGGGUUCGCUGCGAGUGCGAGUGGUUUGACGUAGAUGAGGGGGCUUCGAAACCCCAAAAAGCGCAGGAUAACCUAAAGACAAACACCUUCUGCGUUCCUGACGACGACGAUGAGGUAACUGAGAUUGUCGACGAGGCCCGGAUGGACUCUCCAUCGACUGGAUCUUACGUGCCAGACGACGCAGACAUUUCUUCGGACUCUGAUCAUCACCGAUCUGCUGGAAACUCCACGCCCUUGACUUCGCCUCUGAAAAAGGAGGUUUCUGUGGAACUGGUGGAAAAUAAAUCCUCUGCGCCCGCCAGUGAUCUUCAAAGUCAUGUGGUCAGAUCACAGCAAAGUCCCAUUGAUCUUGACGAAGAGAACAAUGAACACCCUCUUGUAACUCCGCGGAUGACUCCACCGUGUGUUGAGGACACUUACGAAGGUUCCUAUGCUGGUAUAGCUGACGAUAUGGGCGGCAUCGAUUAUGCUCCAGAUAGGGACUCGGCCACUGGAUUCGAUGGUUGGGAAGAAAGUGAAGAGCAAGGCGACUCUGACGAUGAUUUGAUGUCACACUCAUCUCUAGGUGUUGACGCCGAUGGGUUCGUUAGGGAGGCCGAUACUAUGGCAUCCAAUGUUCCUUCGACUUCAAUGAUCUAUGAAUCACUAGUGGCAGUGGCUGUGAGUAAGGGAGCCCAGUCACAGGAGGAGAACAGAUCGCUACCCGCUCAAAAUGUUGCACCUUGCUCGACGGCGGUUACCAGUAGUGAGCAAGUUAGCCCCCCGCCCGCUGCUCCAACCCUGAACGGCUGGAAAUCCGCGGCGGACGAAGAUUCCACCGAGUCGACUCCCCUCAAGUUCGGCUGGUCAUCCACCCCACAACCCGUCGGAGUCUCCAAUCCGGCGUCACGGUCCAGUGGAAGAUCGCUCGAUCACUCACUUGCUUGUUUCCAUCACACUACGUUGCCAUCAGACGCAGACGAAUGUUGGCCCAACGCUGGAUUUCAUCCCAUCGAUCCUUUACCGGAAUGUCAAAGCAAUGACAUUGCUAUAUCGCAAGAUCACCGGACAUCGGUUGCUCCUUAUACUGAUGGACCAUUUGUCAACAGUCAGCCACAUACAGCUUUCAAUGAAUUUGAAAAGGGAAAUAAAUUUCACUCUACCGCUGCCACCAACACUGGUCAGCCAAGUCGAGAACAGCACUCUAAUGAUGAGGGUAUCGAGGCUCGGGACGACAGUAGCCGCGUAGAUGUGCAGUCAAAGCCUCAUUUAGUCUCAUCCAUGGCCGGUUCGGGGGCCACACGAGACUCCAAUACACGCCUUUCUAUCGCUGACAUUGUUGAUGCUUCAGAUUGGACAGCAACAUCUGGCGUCAAGCCAUCGCGGAAGAGGAAGGCUCCUGAGAUGGAAUCGGACUCGGAGGAGCUUGAUCAGGACCUUGAGGGGCACUUCCCUCAUGUCGCUUCCGUCGACAUUUAUGAUUUGCUUGACAAGCAAUUUACCAGUGGGUCUGCAGAGUCAUUUUCUCAAGACGCUCAGCCACAAGUUGCACCCGUUGAUCUGGACGCCUCCCUCUCGCAUCUUACGGUCACUCAGAAUCCCAGUGAUGCACCCAAAGCUGCCAAACCUGCUGCUAAAAAUGAACGGCCAUCGAAGAAGCAAAAGGUUUCGGGCGCAGGCAGCUUCGGAAGUCAUGUCGCUAGUGCUCUUCUCGGCGCAAUGGUUGGUGGAUUGGGCACAGUCGCUCUUCUAGCCUCACUCCCCACUGACUACUUCGCUUAA